AUGGUGCAUGUUUGUUGUAUUCUCAUAGGAUAUCCUAAAGUAAUUAUUUUAAAUUAUUUAAAAUAUCCUUGUCAUGAAAUCAUAAGUGGACUAAAGUAUAUUUCUCAUUUUGUACCAACUAUUCUUGUUUUUCCUGAAAUAAAUCAUGAUUAUUUCUUUUGUGACUAUGUUAUUUCUGAACAAGAAACAGUUGAAUAUAAUCGUCAACUUUAUCAAUUAAAAGAAGAUAUUCUCCAAAUAAUUGAAUCAGUCUAUCCUAUGACAAAUCAUCAUUAUUUUGAAGAGUUUUAUCAUUGCGUUGUAGAGUGGACCUAUCAAUUCAUUAAAAUUACUAAAAAAAAGUAUCGAACUGGAUGGAAAUAUCCCAUAAACAUUUUCCUUCAUCUUUUUCUCUUUACAAUUGGAGGUAUUUCUAUUGGAACAAUAUUUCUAUUAAUAAACUACAACCAAACAACAUUAAUUCAAAAACUAAAUGUUCUUUACUUUGCAACUAUUAGUAAAACAUUAUUUACUAUUGACCAAGUUAUUUAUUCAGUAAAUAAUAUGGUUCAAAUACGAAAAGAAAGUCAAAUGCAUAAGGUUUAUGCUUCAGCUUAUAUUCUUGCAGACUAUAUUUUCAACCUACCAACAAUGGUAUUAAACCCAACAUUAUUUGAUAUUGUGUUUUAUCCUUUUGUUGAUUUCCAACCUUCAUUUUGGAGGUUUUUAAAAUAUUGGUUUACGUCUUUAUUAUCAUCUCAAAUAAAUGUUACUAUGAGUGCAUUAAUUGGGUAUAUCAUCAUUAAUAAAAAGGUUGGUACUUUUUUAGAAAUAGCAACUAUUUAUACUUUAAUGCUAUUUAGUGGAACGAUCAAGAAUUACUCAAAUCUUCCUAGAUGGUUGAAAUGGAUUUACACCAUUAGUUAUUAUAGAAUUACACGAAAUAUUUGUUUAUGUAUAUUCUUUGAUGGAGUUGAUUUAUUAUGUGAUGAAGAAGAUAUUCGUUUAAAUAAUUGUUUAUAUCAAAACGGUAAUGACUUUCUUAAAAAACUUAAAGUCAAUACAGACAUUCUCAAACAAAUGUUAUUUCUUUUUAUUUGGAUAAUCUGCUUAAGAAUUGGAGCAGUAGUAUUAAUUCGUCUUCACUUAUUCUUGGAUUUUCAUAAUCUAAAUAUUCCAUCAUUUGGAUAUUUCUAUUCAAGCCAUCUUCAUUAUUUUUUCCACUCUUUAGUGAAUAACUUAACACACUAG